GCUCAAGUCCAACGUCUUCCGUUCACCUCGCAUCGUACCUCCUCGACACAAACCGACGCGCCCUCCAAAGCCUGACCCUGGUGUAGGUGACUUGUGGUUGCGAACGGCUGACUUAUCACCAGCAAACGCGUUGCUCUUUCAGCACGGAGACUUCGCUAGCGAACUCGUUUUUUGCGAGAUGUUUAUGCUGCGUAUACCACUUUCGGUCCUGCUCAUACGGAGCUCCUUUGCGCCUGCGACCGCCUUUAGAUGCCUUGCUUGCUUCCAUGAACUCUCGGCACUCUUCGAUGCUGCCAAAUCCAAACAGGCCCAGGAUAGCCUGUUCGGUGGCUUUUGAAUCGCUUAGCUGGGCACCCGCGACUGGCGUUGGAGAAUGCAGGGGAGGUGCGGGAGCGUCAAUACGUUAGGCGGAACAAGGUUCGCAGUACUAGUGGUGGGCACCCAGGGUCCCGACGCAUAUCCACUGGGCUGGUGAGGAGGAAUUGCGGGUUCUGUUGAGAAGGAGGGAUACUGGAGGAGAGUUCGCAUAACGAAAUCCUGGCGGAAGGCUAGGAAAUGAGACUGCUGCCUGCGUAUGGCUAGAGUCAGGGUGGGGCGCGUCUGCCUCUCCUAACGUGGAUGCCAUUGCGC